ACAAUAAAUUGAAACGCCGUGUCUUCUCUGUUGCUGGUUCCUCACUCCCACCACCAUGGCUGCGUCUGCGAGAAUCACGGUUACAGCGAUGGCAGUGAUAGCUAUAGCAAUCACUCUCCAAUGGGAUUCAUCUUCAGCUUCCGCUUCUACAGCGGGUGAGUUUGUCGACAAGACCAUCUCUUCCCACAAGAUCGUCAUCUUUUCAAAGACCUAUUGCCCGUACUGUCAAAGAGCGAAAGCUGUUUUCAAAGAGUUGAACCAACAGACACAUGUCGUUGAGCUUGAUGAGAGAGAUGAUGGCUCGAAGAUUCAAGAUAUCUUGACUAAUAUUGUUGGGAGGCGUACUGUGCCACAAGUUUUCAUUAAUGGAAAACAUCUUGGAGGAUCAGAUGAUACCCUUGAAGCUUAUGAGAGUGGACGUCUGGCUAAACUUCUUGGAAUUGAGACAGAGGGUCAUGAUGAUCUCUGAAUCUGAUUGUUAAUUGGGGGAAACUCUAUUAAGAAGGACGGAUUGUAUCAUGUGACAAUAUGGAAUCUUUACAUAUAAGGCCAUGAUUAGAUUACAUUUUGGCGCAGCUAAGGUGUUCAUUUAUAUAUAGUUUGAUGAAUAGUUCUCCAUCUCCCCCCACCCUUGUUUCCAUCUUUCGAUACAAUGGAUUUUAUUUUCCUUCUCACUC